AAUUAACUCGGUUGUCCACUCAGUGAAAAUGUGAUCCGGUCUCCACUCUACACUCUCCCCCAAAUCAAUUGCUCCUCAAAUCUAACCUUCCAUUUCUCUCUGUAAAUUUCUCAAGCUCAAAAUACCUGAACACAAACGCAGCAUUCCAAUUGCCGGUGUAAAAACACAAGAAGAAGGAGAAGAAAGAUGGCUUCUUUAGGUAGAGCUUUCUACAACGUUGCAUUCUGGAUCAGGGAAACCGGCCAGGCCCUCGAUCGGCUCGGCUCACGCCUGCAGGGAACCUAUCUUUUCCAAGAACAAGUUUCCAGGCAUAGAACGCUCAUGAACUUAUGUGAUAAAGUUCCCGUGGUCGACAAGAAUGCCUUCGUGGCACCCAGUGCAUCCAUUGUUGGAGAUGUCUAUGUUGGUCCCAGUUCUUCUAUUUGGUAUGGAUGUGUUCUCAGAGGCGAUGCAAACAGCAUCAGUAUUGGAACCAAAACCAACAUUCAAGACAAUUCUCUUGUUCAUGUAGCCAAAUCUAACCUAGGUGGGAAAGUCUUGCCUAUCCUUAUUGGAGACAAUGUCACUGUAGGUCAUAGUGCUAUUUUGCAUGGAUGUACUGUGGAGGAUGAGGCAUUUGUUGGUAUGGGUGCAACAUUGCUUGAUGGUGUUGUAGUAGAGAAACAUGCAAUGGUUGCUGCUGGAGCUCUUGUGAGACAGAACACAAGAAUACCCAGUGGAGAGGUGUGGGGAGGAAAUCCGGCCAAGUUUUUGAGGAAGCUCACGGAUGACGAAAUUGCCUUCAUCUCACAAUCUGCGACCAAUUACGCCAGCCUGGCCCAAGCUCACGCUUCUGAAAAUGCAAAGGAAUUCGACAAGGUGGAAUUCGAAAAGGUACUCCGAAAGAAGUUUUCUGGGCAGGAUGAAGCAUAUGGUUCACUGUUGGGGGCUGUUCGCGAGACUCAGCCAGAACUCAUUAACGAUAAAGCUGCAUAGGCCUGAAAGCUGAGGGUUUAUGAAAAAUAAUUCGGAUUGGAUCAAAUCAAUCAGCAUAG